GAGGGGAAGAGGGAACCAGCAACACAGACAUCGCGGUCGGGUUUUGGGGGCGCCGCUGGGCGGGAGGAUCCGGCAACUCCCUGAAGUUGCGGCACCGCGGAGCGUGGGCGCAGAGAAGAGCGAUUUAAAUCUUGCGGGCUGUGCAGGGGGCUCGGCGGCCGGACGCCAGCAGCUAUCAGAAGUGGGGCAAAUCACGUGGCUUCCUACACUGCGAACCAUGGCACUGCCGUUCCGGAAGGACUUGGGGGAGUAUAAGGACUUGGAUGAAGAUGAGCUCCUUGGCAAUCUGUCAGAAGCAGAGCUGAAACAGCUCGAAACUGUCCUGGAUGAUCUUGACCCUGAGAAUGCCCUUCUGCCUGCAGGGUUUCGGCAGAAGAACCAGACCUCAAAGUCCGCCACGGGACCCUUUGAUAGAGAACGUCUCCUUUCUUAUCUAGAGAAGGAGGCACUGGAGCAUAAAGACCGGGAAGACUAUGUGCCCUACACUGGAGAGAAAAAAGGGAAAAUUUUUAUCCCCAAACAGAAACCUGUGCAGACUUUUACAGAAGACAACAUAUCCCUUGAUCCAGAAUUAGAAGAAGCUUUGACAAGUGCCUCUGAUACAGAAUUGUGUGACCUUGCAGCUAUUCUUGGAAUGCACAAUCUGAUCACAAACUCACAGUUCUGUGAUGUGGUGGGGAGCAGUAAUGGCGUCGACCAAGAACAUUUUUCAAAUGUGGUAAAAGGUGAAAAGAUUCUUCCAGUGUUUGAUGAGCCUCCAAAUCCAACCAACGUUGAAGAGAGUUUAAAGAGAAUUAAGGAAAAUGAUUCCCGUCUUGUUGAAGUUAAUUUGAAUAAUAUAAAAAAUAUCCCAAUUCCAACUCUAAAAGAUUUUGCUAAGACUUUGGAAACCAACACACAUGUGAAACACUUCAGUCUUGCAGCCACCAGGAGCAAUGACCCCGUGGCUGCCGCGUUUGCAGAUAUGCUAAAAGUGAACCGAACUUUGAAGAGUUUAAAUAUGGAGUCCAACUUCAUCACAGGCACUGGGGUUUUGGCACUGAUUGAUGCUUUGAGAGACAAUGAGACCCUGACAGAGCUCAAGAUUGACAAUCAGAGACAGCAGUUGGGCACAGCUGUAGAAUUAGAAAUGGCCAAGAUGCUCGAAGAAAAUACAAAUAUCCUUAAAUUUGGGUAUCAGUUCACGCAGCAGGGACCCCGAACCAGGGCAGCCAAUGCUAUAACGAAAAACAACGACUUAGUGCGCAAGAGGCGAGUUGAAGGAGACCACCAGUAAGAGUGCCAUGGGUAACCUUUGGAAGCCUGCAGAUUACCAAAGGCUCCUGUUGGUGACAGCAGAUGUAAAAAUGUCCUGGGUAGAAGGGAAAAGACUGGAAAUCUUUUUUUAACCAUAUGCAUUAUUUUCCUAGCUUAAAGUAUUAUGUUUGAUUUGUAAAAUCAGUAAUUAGUAUUUUAUACUUGUAGCCUUUCUACUGAAAUCAUUUUAAUUUAGAUUAAUUGAAUGGUUUAUAAUUUUUAGAUAAAAAUGCAGGUGUAGAAAGUUUAAGAAGUCAUGUAUGUAAGAAUAAUUUGAACACCUUGAGGACCAAUCUUUUUUAAAUCAAAAAGGGACAUUGCUGACCGACCCACUGCUAAUGUUGCUUCUUGUACAUAAAGGAUAGGGCACAUGGCUGUUUCCUUUUUUAAAAAUCCAUGAAUUUGGGGCUAGGUAGUGGUGGCACAUGCCUUUAAUCCCAGCACUCUGGAGGCAGAGCCAGGCGGAUCUCUGUGAGUUCGAGGCCAGCCUGGUCUAUCUACAGCGCGAGAUCCAGGACAGGCAGCAAAACUACAGAGAAACCCUGUCUCGAAAACCAAAACAAAACCCAUGAAUUUGGCAAGAGUUUGCUUUUUCCUUAUUAGGGAAAUAAAAUUUCAGAAUUUUAAAAGAUGACUCAUAAUCUGAUAUAUCUACAUAAUCCAAAGCAGGCCUCCAGGAGACGACCGGUCCUCUUCUGGGAGACAGAACAGUCCCCUGCGUUGCAGGUUUCUGUACUUGUUCAAUGGACCUCAGCUGCACUGGGGUUGGUUUUUUGUUUUUUUGCAUUCGUUUGUUUGUUAAUAGUCCUUAAUCCUGCCCCACAGCCUACCUUGUUUGAAAGUAUAGUUAUAUCUAAGGUUACUACAGUAUUUCAUCUUGCUGUGGGCAUUAAAUUUCUGUAAAAGCUAAUGGUUAAAAAAGCAUCCAAGUAGAGAGGUUCUUUUCUUCUCCACAAAAGGCUCUUGGCCAAUACUCAGUUAGUUAGAGUAAAAGAAAAAAGAAAGGGUGCUGUUAGAUAAUGGAGGGAGUCCACGCCCCAAAACUCGCAGGAUGGCUAUUAAACUGGUGAGCACUGUCAGUUAGAAACUAAAACAUGAGCUAGCUCUGAUGGCUCGCUCCUGUGAUCCUAGCACCUGAGAAGCUGAGAAAGGAAUAUUUCCAGAUGUUCAAAGCCAGGCUGGACCACAUAGGAAAUUCCAGGUUAGCCUGUGAAUGUGAGAACCUGUGUCAAGAAAAGAAAGAUCUGUACCGUGUGGUAAGACGCUUCCUAUGUGACUCCACAGGUGCAGUGCAGCAUUUCAUGAACAGUUAAUCCCCACUCCACAGUGUACCAGCCAAUCACAAAAACUGCUAUUUUCAGAAACCCAGCCUUAGUAGGUGCUGCCUUUCUUCUUGUACUUUUAAAACUCCAUAUGGUAAAGAAAGAGAAAAAAAAAAGUUGUAUAGCAUAGGUUAUCUUAAUGACCCAGGCGUUAGAGUGAGGACUUGAGCAGCAUACCACAGAGUGGGGUUGGGCGAGGCUGCACACUGAUGCCCUUCUUGAG